AUGUGUACUGCUAGCUUGAACUGUGCCAGCACGGCGCGUUUCGCCGCCCAGGUGCCGUCGAAAUUGUCGUUCGGCAAGUCCGCUGCAGUGGGAGCGGCAGGGUCUUUAGGGCGUGCGAGCCCGUCGAAGUCAACCGGCUCACGCGAUUGUUUCGAAGUUACGGCCGGGAAAAUGAAAACGAGAAAAUCCGCCGCUAAACGUUACAAGGUCACGGCGAGUGGCAAGGUGAUGCAUCGUCGGCCAGGGAAAGCGCAUCUCAACGGCCCGAAGACAUCCGAGCGAAAGGCUCGCCUUGGCAUCGAAUCCGCUGUUGGAACUUCUCAGAUGCCCUUGGUGAGAGCAUGUUUGCCCUACGCCAAAUUUUAG